AUGGUGAAAGCCACGGUACCGGAAUCAGCGAGUGCAAACGAGAUCAACCAAACGCAGAAGAAGCGCUCCACGUAUUUGGGAGGAGCGUUGUACCCACAGACCACGGAGACAAGGGACCUGAGGACGUUAGACGGCAUAUGGAACUUCAGAAAGUCACCUACCGACCCAGAAUAUGGAUUUCGAAAUGACUGGUACGCGCAAGAUCUAAUCAAG